AUGCACAAGAGCAAGGAAGUAAAGCUCAUGGCAACCGCCAUCGAUGACGUUGCGCGCCAGGAGCCCGACCGCGUCUUUGCCGAGUUUCUCCAACCAGCGCACUUGGACCAGGAUAUCCUGGUGCUGAGCUUUGGCAUGUUGGCCAACUCUAUCGACCGGCUCGCGUGGUGGCUCAAGGACAGGUGCCGCGAGCUUGGGCUUGGACGAUUCGAUACAGUUGCGUAUGUAGGCUUUGCAGACAUGCGCUACUGUCUUCUACUCCUGGCAGCUACAAAAUGCCACGUUACGUUACUGAUUACGGCGCCGUCGAAUGAUACUACUGCUCACUUGUCCCUGAUGAGGCAAACUAACUGCAAGGCCUUCUUCUAUACUGAUGAGUUUAUCGUGCCGGAUUUGAUGGCUGCGUGCAGUCUUUGCUGCGUGGCCCUCCCCCAUAUCAGGACACUCCUGGAUGCCACGCCGGUUAGCCACUUCCCGUACGGCAGAAGCCUCGAGGACGGGGCCGAUGAUCCUAUAGUUUACUUCCACACUUCCGGCACAACAGGCUUUCCCAAGCCAAUCCUUUGGACCAAUACAUGGCCCGUGCAUCCCAUCGACCGGCCAAACUCGGAAAACAAACCCCCUCGCCGUAUGCUCAGCUCUCUGUCUGCCUACCUCAUGAGCAUGUCGAGGACCAUCGUGAGGCCAGUUUACCUCAACACCACUUGCGUUAUCCCGCCGCUUCACCUUGCGGCUGGCGAAUAUACGGCAGAGGCGAUGACACGCUGGAUUCAACAGAGCCGGUGCGAAUACCUCUCGGUGUUUCCUUCAUGGCUGGUUCUUGCUGCUGAAAACGACGCCCAUUUAAGCCAACUGAGGAAGCUGAAGGGCAUCACGUUUGGCGGAGGCCCCUUGGCUCCCCACGUCGCCGAGCAGUUGGUCGGCCACGUCUGCCUCACCACCAUAUGGGGUGCUACGGAGAUGCCCUGGACGCCGUGCUACCGCGUUGACGAUGCCGACUGUGAAUACAUGUGUAUCGAUGACAAGACUCUCGGCAUCGAGUGGCGACACUUUUCCGGAAACAACCACGAACUCGUCGUCGUGCGCGACGAUACCCUGCCGCGUCAGCAGUUAAUAUUCCAAGUCUUCCCGGACGAGAAGGAGCAUAGCAUGAAGGACCUCUUCAUCCGACACCAGACCAAGCCGCACCAUUGGAAGUUUGCCGGCCGCGCCGACGAUAACAUCAUCUUGACCAAUGGUCAGAACAUCAACCCGACGGGCUUCGAGGAGGCCGUCAGCAAGCACGAGCUCGUCAAAUCGGUCGUCGUGUUGGGCACCGGGCGGCCGAGUCCGUGCAUGGUGCUGGAACUGCAUGAUGAGACCGAUUCCGAGUUGCAGGUCGACCAGAUUUGGCCGACGGUGCAGGCAGCGCUUCGAGGGCGGCAGACCUACGAUCUGGUCCACAGUCAAGGGUGA